AUGCAUGGGGUAAUCUUUGGCCUCAAGGUCCACAGGAAUACCUUAAACUGUGUCAUGAUACUCAAAGUUGCCCCAGAAUUCAAUAUAGGCAUCCAAGCCAUGAUUCCUCCAGCAAUGCACGACCCAGCCAACAUCAGCAAGCCCAAUUCUGACAUCCUUGAACCUCUUCCCAACACGAACUAUGGAAACAUUGCUGACAGUCGGUAUGCCAACCGAGGCAGGCCACAUACUUGCAAAUGA